AUGGAAUAUGAGCCUAACUUAUCACCUGUGCCACUGGACGUAGCACUUGAAAAUUCAACAAACGAGUUUGAACAUUUGGACAGGGGAAACUCUGAGGAAUACAUAGCAAAGGAUGGAUUUGCCUUUUAUAUAAUCCUACAAGUGCAAGCAUUCGGCCCAAAUCGUGAGUCCAUUUACAGAGCCAAUAACAUUUUUGAAUCUGUUACAAGGGUUAUAAAGUACACAUUCUGCCGUGAGAUCACAGCUGUCUCACUAUUCUUAGUCAACGGCAAUUUCAAGAGAUUUGAGAAAAUUGAUCAACAGUGGAAAGAAAUUAAGAAUCUAACAGUUGACAUAAGUAAUUACAAGAAUGUUGACACGGCAAAAUAUGUUGUACAACGUUCACGCAGCCAUGAACAAGGGGAAAAUGGUCAAGAAUUAGUAAAAAGAUUCAUUGAUUUUAAAACUGUCACAGUACUUCUAUUCAACAAAGUUAUUGAAACCAAUCCUGACACGGGUGUGGUUGAGGUAAUUUGGGAAACUCAGGACACACUGUACACAGCGUUUGAAAUCUCAGUGUGUACAUAUUCCAACAUGAAAUACUUUGCAAUAUUACAUAAAAACUACAAUUACACAUUGUUUAUCUGGGAUACUAAUGGUCAAAAAUGGGAAAAUAUCACAGAAUCAAGGCUAAAUUUGAGGGAACUAAAAUUCUAUUUUGACGAUGAAACUGACGUAAAAUCUAUAGAACAACUGAGUAAAAGUUAUGUUGUGUAUUUAAAUCAGUUUAAAUACGUAAUUGACUUUCAUUUUGAUGAAAAACUGAGGGAAAGAUUUGGGUACAGACUGGCUAGGAAUUUGCAGUACAAUCUUCUGGAAAAUACUAUCCAGAUCCAGUUUGAAAGUGCGAUAAAAGUAACUUUAGAGCCAAAUAUUAAACUUAUUAAGCUCUGGAAUAAUAAAUUCGAGCCUGUUGUCAGACGUGUGAUCUCUGGUUUAAUGAGCAGAAGACCAUACCGCAAGACUCCAGAAUACUUUGAAUACGUUAAUAAUAUUAAUAUCCUAAAGGAUUCUGAUGUUAAUAAGGAAUUUGUUGACACAUCAGUUACUUUUCUACUACCCGUCUGCCAAUCUGACAAUGAAAGUGAUACUUACACUGAGGAAUCUACCGGAGCCACUGAUCCUGAAAAUGAGAAAUCUGAUCCAGACAGUCAGGAAUCCGAUCCACAAAAUGAGGAAUCAGAUGACCAGAUUGAUGAAUCGGAUGAAUAUGUGGAGGAAAGUGAUGGGCAGACGUGUGAGGAAUCGGAAGGAAUAUCAAGUGAAUCAGAAGAUGACGGUGAACGGUCUAUAGGCUUGGAUAUUACACAGAGAAAAUCAAAAAGAGGCUUUGUAUACCAAAAAACUGAUCAAUUCAUAGAAUUUAUCUGCCGUUGCGGACAUGGUAUCGUAACUAUCUUCGAAUCCACUCCCAAUAACACAGAUAAAGCCGCUGAUACCACAGAUAUUACUGCUGACACCACAGAUAAAGCUGCCGAUAGUAAGGAUCAAAGCUCUAAGACUGGAGGUGAAAAUCUCAAAACCGCAGAGGGAGCGACUGGUACUACGGAUGAAUCUUCUGGUACUGCAGGAGCAUCAAGUUCUCCGGAUGAAACGCUAAAUGCCAUAGAUGAAGCGCUUGAUUCUCUAGAUGACAGUCUCAAUACCAUAGAUGAAACACUUGUUUCUCUAGAUGAACCUGUUAAUACUAUAGAUGUGACAACUAAUACCAUAGAUGAACCAGUUAAUACUAGGGAUAAAAAGCUUGGUUAUCUGGAUAAAAAGGGGAAUUAUUUGCUCAAAAAACGGAGUCUAAAGGAUGAAAAAAAGGAUUUUCUAGAUAAAAAAUGCAAUUAUCUAGAUAAAGCCUCCAAGCCUCCAUAUAAAAAAGAAAAUAGUCCAGACAAAACCUCUAAUACAGCAAGUGAACCUCCUACUACUACGGAUAAUAAAUCUACUACUGUUGACAAAACCGCUGCUACUACGGAUAAUAAACCUACUACUGUAGAUAAUAAACCUGAUACCGUGGAUAAUAAGCCUAGUCCUAAGGCUAAAAAGCUUAAAACUGUGGAUAAAAAGCUUGAUGAUGUGGAUAAGAAGGUGAUUUGGUCAACUAUAAACUAUGGCGAUCCUGUGUUGAGAGUGGUAAUAUUUGAGGGUUCUGACACGAAAUAUCUUUUGGGCCAGAAGGAUGAUUAUUCAUUUCACUUCUUUACUUGGACGGCUGAUUGUAGUUGGUCUGAUAUGACUGAGAAAAGGGUGAAUUUGGACAACUUGAAGAUGCUUGACAGGGAUGGCCACGAGAUUAGAUAUCCAAAUAUUAUUGCUCAUUUUACCAAUUUUCAGCUAUACAUUAAGCCCAGUAUUCCAUGUCAUAAGAUAAUGUAUAAAAAUCAGGAAGUCUGGGAAUCUAAAGAGAAGGGCGUGUUAUCAGACCUGUACGAAAUAUUAAUUAAAGUACUUGAAAAUGAAGUUACUUUGCACUUUAAGAACAAUUUUGCCAAGAGAUUCGAUCUCUUCAAUGACCAACUGGUCCUUUUCUCACAAGGAACUUCACUCUGUAAAUAUCACUAA